UACAGAAAGAUAUAAAGAUAGAGACAGAGAGAAAUAGUGGUUCCUGUAAAGAUCAAGAAUGGUGAAGAAGGCAGUGCUGAUCGGCUGCAACUACCAGGGCACCAAGGCCGAGCUCAAGGGCUGCAUUAACGACGUCAACCGCAUGUACAGAUGUCUCAUCGAUCGCUACGGCUUUGCUGAGGAGGACAUCAAUGUUCUCAUCGACACCGACGACUCCUACACGCAGCCAACAGGCAAAAACAUCCGCAGGGCCAUCACCGAUCUUAUCCGAUCUGCUCGCUCCGGCGAUGUCUUGUUUGUUCACUACAGUGGACACGGGACCCGCCUUCCUGCCGAGACCGGCGAUGAUGAUGACACCGGUUAUGACGAGUGCAUCGUCCCCACUGACAUGAACCUCAUCACUGAUGAUGACUUCAGGGAGUUUGUUGAUCAGCUAAAGAAAGGUUGCCGGCUGACUAUUGUGUCGGAUUCGUGCCACAGCGGGGGGCUGAUUGAUGAAUCUGUUGAGCAGAUAGGCGAGAGCCACAAGGGGAACCAGCAUGAGUCUAGCUCCGGCCAUGGGAUCAAGAACUUUCUGAAGCAGAGCGCAGGUGAUGCACUCAAGUCUCGUGGAAUCCAUGUCCCUUCUGCAUUUCGCCGCCAUGGAGGCGAUGAAGAGGAGUCUGAGGACAGAGAGAUUGACAUGGGAGAUGGAGAGCGGGGAUAUAUGAAGAGCAGAGAACUGCCACUUUCGACUCUCAUAGAGGUGCUCCAGCAGAAAACAGGUAAGACCGACAUUGAUGUUGGGAAGCUGAGGCCAACACUGUUUGAUGUAUUCGGGGAUGAUGCUAGUCCCAAGGUGAAGAAGUUCAUGAAGGUCAUCUUGAACAAACUCCAGAGCCACGAGGGUGAAGGCAGUGGUGGGUUGAUGGGGAAGAUAGGAGGCCUGGCUCAAGAGUUCCUUAAACAAAAGCUCGAAGAGAAUGACCAGUAUGUAAAGCCCGCUUUAGACACAGAUGUGGGUGGCAAGGAAGAGGUUUAUGCAGGAGCGUCCCAUCGUUCCAUUCCUGAUGGCGGCAUUCUCAUCAGUGGCUGUCAGACCGACCAGACUUCUGCUGAUGCCACACCUUCAGGAGAUCCGUCCAAAGCUUAUGGAGCUCUUAGUAAUGCAAUUCAAACCAUACUCGCAGAAACAGAUGGUGAAAUUACAAACCAAGAACUUGUUCUCAGGGCAAGGAAGAUUCUGAAGGAACAGGGUUACACUCAGCGCCCUGGGCUUUAUUGCAGCGACCAUCAUACUGAUGCUCCUUUUGUGUGCUGAUCGAAGUCUCAUGUACCGUUUUCUUUGAAUAAUGUUGAGUGAGGUGUGUCUGCUUCUGCUGCUUUAGUUUGGAAGUUUGAUGAACUUGAAUAUAUUCGAUUGCUCUUGGACAUAAGAUUAUCUAAUUGAUCUGGAAUUUGAAAGAAACUCAAACAAAUAGAUUUUCUAUUU